AUGUCUCUCCACCAAAAACCAACAAUCUCGGUGACUUAUGGGAGAAAAAUUCGGCAGCCAAGAACUUCUAACUCCAUUCGGUCAUCCUAUGAUGAACUCAUUAGUUUGCGUGAUAUCGAAUUAAAAUCUUCGACUAUGGAUAAUAAUAAUCAGUCCAAUCGAUUACGUACAAGACAAUCUAUGAAAGACCUAACAGCUGGUGGAUCCUCUCUGGGUAAACGUUCGAAUUUCACUGAUGAAGUAACAGAUUCGUACUCAAAGCUUAGUGUGAGCGACAAAGAUAACUCUCCACCGACAAAAAAGAGGAGUAAAAUUGAGAAAAAGACCCUUUAUAAUUUUGACGUCUUUGAUUUUCCAAAGGAGGGAGAUGAUGAAAUUGUAAGUGAAUUUCAGCGCAAGGCGUCAUUUAAAAACAGUCAAAGUGAGAGGCAAGGGCCGGAGGUAAAAGCCUUUGAUAUGGAAGUUUUUGAUUUUCCGGAGAGUGACGACGAGAUCUUUAACAGAAUCAAUGUGAAGUCAUUACAUAAGAAAAAAAAGAAUAAUCCCGAAUUUAGAAAAACGACCGACAAAAAAAGUGAACAGACAAAAGUUUUUCACCUCUCGGAAACGUUCAAUCUUGAAUUAAGACGAGGGCCUCCAGUCACACAUAAAUCUGGCAACACUAAGUCAGAAGACAAAAAGAAAGAUUUUUCACCUGUGAGAAAUUAUGAGGCAAUGUCCGAUAAUAUGGAUAGAUCUGAUUUUUCCGAGGAUGCAGAUACCUUUCUUCGCGGAUCUAAUGACAAGAAAGUUAAACAAAGUGAUCGCCCUAAAUCGUCGGAAUCAUUUAAUGUUUCCGAUUAUGAUGAUAUUCUUAAGUCACAAGAAAGAACACUGAGAAAAAAAUCAAGUCGUUCCUUCACACCAUCAGGUUCACCCAAGACGACCACGAAAAGUAAAACUUCAUCCAUUCAUCUUAAUGGACAAAAUUUAACAACUAAAGUCAGAACUGUCGAAAAUCGCUCUUCUUCAUCAAUGCAGUUUUCCCGAUUUCUAACUAGAAAAACUUCAAAGUCAAUUGUAAAUGAUGAGACACAUCCGGUCGAUUCUUCCGAUAAGGAGAUGUCUGUAGAUUCUGAUGAUGUUUUUGACCUUGCUAAAUAUGUAAAGGAGCAGAAAGGACAAAAAUCGGGAAGUCACGAACCAAUUAUUGGGAUUGUCAGUAACCUUACGAAUAAUAUUUCAAAUGCUGAUGUUUCUUAUCUCAAGACCCGCAAAAAAGUCUUUCAAUCAUCCAAGCAUGGUCAUUUUGAUCAGAUAAAAACACCUGUUAAAAAGUCAGAGGAUAUUAAAUACACAGAUGAAACUCCUCAAGGGAUGUCACCGAAGAGUUCAACGCCAGGAACUCCAAAUUCAAGUCGAUCUGUUUCCGAAGUUGGAACACCGAUAUCAUUCCUCUCUUUUCACCAAAAGAAACAAGGUGAUUCCGUCUGGGAUGCCGUUGAUGCAGUAGCUUCUCCAAUAGACAUGUCAUAUAGUCCCCGAAAGCAAAACUUGGUGGCAAGAAUGUCCAAGCCCUCAACUCCGUCAAAAUCUGAAAGAAAUUCAUUUUUUUCUCGAUCUCUACCAUUGGGUGAUUUAAAAACAAAACUGGAUUUUAGUCCUUCAUCCAGCCAAGAUCGCAAAGAGGACAGCUGUCUCUCUUCAUAUGAAGAAGAUUUAUUGGCCAGUACUUCCUCCAGCUCCUUUGAUUAUUCAAGUUCCCCACCAUUAUCGUCGUAUAAUUUGGCUAACGGGAGUCCCGGUGUUCAAAAAACUUAUGGACAAGGUCGCACCAUUCUAGGGCAAGAUCUAGAUUCAUUUCUAUCAAAUACAUAUGACACCACUUUCAGACUACAGUUUGAUGAAGACCAAGAUGACAUGGUGAUUGAAAAGAGUAAAUUAAGAAGUUUGCAUGAACUUCGCGAGGUUGGCAGCCUUAACAGGUUUACCGAUGAAAUAGAUUAUAUUCUAGAUGGUCUCCGGGAGAGUCAACCCUUAGGCUAUUUUGAUCUGAAAUUUAAUAGUGGAAUUGAUCUGGCACGCAAGCUACUGAAUGGGGAAUUUUUGCUCAAAGUUCGCGCACAUAAUUACAUUUCUAGAAUAUAUAAAAGAUUGUCCAUCCAUCAGGAUUCGUUUAUAAGAUAUUGUUUUGCAUUUAUAAUAUGUUUAUUGAUAGAAGAUAGGCACAGUUCAGAGUUAUUGAUCAAGGAAUCCGGAUUCAUGGAGAUAAUUGUAUAUUGCCUGAAUUCUCCCUUGGACCCUUUUAGUGACGAUAAUGAUUCAUUAAAAAGAUCAGAACGAUUGUUGAUUUCGCUUAAAUCGAUAGCACUCAGGACUCUGUCAUCAUUAACAUCUUUGAGAACUCGGUACGAAAACUUUAUUAAGAAUAAUCUAAAAUCAUCAGGGAGCUUGGAUUCUGUGAUGAAUUUCCUAAAAAACGAGCUUGAAUCAGUUCCUGGGGCACUGUCAGCACUCGAGAAUGGUAAGUCUACUGGAAUAUCGAUCCCGGUCUUAGAUUUUGAACGUGUAGAGCAAUGUCUCAAAAUCUUGGAGUAUGCUGUACUAUUCUGUACCGAAAAUCAACUAUACGCUGUUGAAAAGGGAAAUGAAAUUUUGCAGUUAUUGUUAGAGUUUCUCUUGUAUUGUCAAAUUGAAUCAUGCAACAGCUAUUCGGUCAACGCUUCAUCAGCGAUGGAGUGUCUGCUCGGUAGUUUACGAGUGCUGAUCAAUUUAACCAAUGACAAUCAACAGUGUUGUCAAUAUGUCGGAUGCCAUUCGGGGAUGUCAAUUCUCAUGCGUCUGGCUACCAUUGGACAGCUCCCUCCUGAGAAGCAUACGACAGUUAAUGUUGAUUCCGAUGUAAUGAGAGAAGACGAGUUGCAUCGACUAAAGGCUAUUGAGGCAGUGAAAUUUGAUGUUCUUUCGCAUGUCAUUGUGUUGCUUAUCAAUUUAGCCGAAAUGGAUCCAAAUAAUCAUGAUGAAUUUUGUAAAGUUGAGCAAAAUCCUCAUUGCUUGGGUUCAUAUAAGUGUCUUAGAAAAUGCACUUGUUCUUCAAGAGAAUCCGCUGUUUCAUGCCUUGUUUCCUUGUAUAACUACCAGCUCGAGAAAGGAAACGACGAGACUGAUAACAUGUUGGCGGCAUAUAUUGCUGUAUUGCUUGGUUUAUUAAUCAAAAACAACCGGGCAAACCAAUCGUCGAUAAUUGAUAUCCUUUUCUUUUCUCGCAUGUUUGUCCGUUUACCCAAUCGAUCAGUUAGCUCAUUAAUUAACCUUAUCCAACUAUUUGUUCAUUUUAAUGAAUUAAUAAUUGGCGAAGAUGCGUCCGCGAAUGGUCCAUCACCCUUGGUCGCUGAUCAAGGACAAAUAAAUCAUACGACAUCACAAUCACAUGGACGGACCAUUGGAGAGUCGUUUUUGGAGAUUAUAGACAUCUUAAAAUCCUUAGAAUCAUAA